AGUUAGCUCCUCGCCGGGGCUCAGACACACAGCCAGCCCAGAGCCGCCACGCCGGCCCGGCCGCCGCUGCCACCGCCUCAGCCUCCCCCAAAGCCGCUCUAGCCGCGGGAAGCGCUGCUGCCACCGCCGCGGGCCGCCCCCGCCGCGCCGGCCUGGGCUCGAGCUGCCAACACCGCCGCAGCCGCCACCGGAGCCGGAGCGGGAGCCCGACCGCGCUGGGCUGGGCUGGGCUGGGCUGGGGAGGGCGCCGGGCGCAGGGGCGGGCGCGCGGGGGAAGACGCACGGGCGGGCUCGGCUCUCCCGGGGAGCGGCCCGGGACCGCACCGGGACCAGCGCCUACCCGCUCCGCGCUGCCCUCGGCCUCGCCCCGGGCCCGGGCGGAUGAGCCGCGCGCCCGGGGGACAUGGAAGCGCUGACGCUGUGGCUUCUCCCCUGGAUAUGCCAGUGCGUGUCGGUGCGGGCCGACUCCAUCAUCCACAUCGGUGCCAUCUUCGAGGAGAACGCAGCCAAGGACGACAGGGUGUUCCAGUUGGCGGUCUCCGACCUGAGCCUCAACGAUGACAUCCUGCAGAGCGAGAAGAUCACCUACUCCAUCAAGGUCAUCGAGGCCAACAACCCGUUCCAGGCUGUGCAGGAAGCCUGUGACCUCAUGACCCAGGGGAUUUUGGCUUUGGUCACGUCCACUGGCUGUGCAUCUGCCAACGCCCUGCAGUCCCUCACAGAUGCCAUGCACAUCCCACACCUCUUUGUCCAGCGCAACCCUGGGGGGUCGCCACGCACCGCCUGCCACCUGAACCCCAGCCCCGACGGUGAGGCCUACACACUGGCUUCGAGACCACCUGUCCGCCUCAAUGACGUCAUGCUCAGGCUGGUGACGGAGCUGCGCUGGCAGAAGUUUGUCAUGUUCUACGACAGCGAGUACGAUAUCCGUGGGCUUCAAAGCUUUCUGGACCAGGCCUCGCGGCUGGGCCUUGAUGUCUCUUUACAAAAGGUGGACAAGAACAUUAGCCAUGUAUUCACCAGCCUCUUCACCACGAUGAAGACGGAGGAGCUGAAUCGCUACCGAGACACGCUGCGCCGCGCCAUCCUGCUGCUCAGCCCACAGGGAGCCCACUCCUUCAUCAAUGAGGCCGUGGAGACCAAUCUGGCUUCCAAGGACAGCCACUGGGUCUUUGUGAAUGAGGAAAUCAGUGACCCGGAGAUCCUGGAUCUGGUCCAUAGUGCCCUUGGAAGGAUGACCGUGGUCCGGCAAAUCUUCCCAUCUGCAAAGGACAAUCAGAAAUGCAUGAGGAACAACCACCGUAUCUCCUCCCUGCUCUGCGACCCCCAGGAAGGCUAUCUCCAGAUGCUGCAGAUCUCCAACCUCUAUCUGUAUGACAGUGUUCUGAUGCUGGCCAACGCCUUUCACAGGAAACUGGAGGACCGGAAGUGGCAUAGCAUGGCGAGCCUCAACUGCAUACGGAAGUCCACUAAGCCAUGGAACGGUGGGAGGUCUAUGCUGGACACUAUCAAAAAGGGCCACAUCACUGGCCUCACUGGGGUGAUGGAGUUUCGGGAGGACAGUUCGAAUCCCUAUGUCCAAUUUGAAAUCCUUGGCACUACCUAUAGUGAAACUUUUGGCAAAGACAUGCGCAAGCUGGCGACGUGGGACUCAGAGAAAGGCUUGAAUGGCAGCUUGCAAGAGAGGCCUAUGGGCAGCCGCCUCCAAGGAUUGACUCUCAAAGUGGUGACUGUCUUGGAAGAGCCUUUCGUGAUGGUGGCUGAGAACAUCUUAGGACAGCCCAAGCGCUACAAAGGGUUCUCCAUAGAUGUCCUGGAUGCACUGGCCAAGGCUCUGGGCUUCAAAUAUGAGAUUUACCAAGUCCCUGAUGGCAGGUACGGUCACCAGCUCCAUAACACGUCCUGGAACGGGAUGAUCGGGGAGCUAAUCAGCAAGAGAGCAGACUUGGCCAUCUCUGCCAUCACCAUCACCCCAGAGAGGGAGAACGUUGUGGACUUCAGCAAGCGGUAUAUGGACUAUUCGGUGGGGAUUCUAAUUAAGAAGCCAGAGGAGAAAAUCAGCAUCUUCUCCCUCUUUGCCCCAUUUGAUUUUGCUGUGUGGGCCUGCAUUGCAGCAGCCAUCCCUGUGGUUGGGGUGCUGAUCUUUGUGUUGAACAGGAUACAGGCUGUGAGGGCUCAGAGUGCUGCCCAGCCCAGGCCGUCAGCUUCUGCUACCCUGCACAGCGCCAUCUGGAUUGUCUACGGAGCCUUCGUACAGCAAGGUGGCGAAUCUUCCGUGAACUCCGUGGCCAUGCGCAUUGUGAUGGGCAGCUGGUGGCUCUUCACGCUCAUCGUGUGCUCCUCCUACACGGCCAACCUUGCUGCCUUCCUCACAGUGUCCAGGAUGGACAACCCCAUAAGGACUUUCCAGGACCUGUCCAAACAAGUGGAGCUGUCAUAUGGCACCGUCCGGGAUUCUGCCGUAUAUGAGUACUUCCGAGCCAAGGGCACCAACCCCCUGGAGCAGGACAGCACGUUUGCUGAGCUCUGGCGGACCAUUAGCAAGAAUGGAGGGGCUGACAACUGCGUGUCCAGUCCUUCAGAAGGCAUCAGGAAGGCAAAGAAGGGGAACUACGCCUUCCUGUGGGAUGUAGCCGUGGUGGAAUACGCAGCCCUGACGGAUGACGACUGCUCGGUGACUGUCAUUGGCAACAGCAUCAGCAGCAAGGGUUACGGGAUCGCCCUGCAGCACGGCAGCCCCUACAGGGACCUCUUCUCCCAGAGGAUCCUGGAGCUGCAGGACACAGGGGACCUGGAUGUACUGAAGCAGAAGUGGUGGCCACACAUGGGCCGCUGUGACCUCACCAGCCAUGCCAGCGCCCAGGCCGACGGCAAAUCCCUCAAGCUGCACAGUUUCGCUGGGGUCUUCUGCAUCCUGGCCAUCGGCCUGCUCCUGGCCUGCCUGGUGGCUGCCCUGGAGUUGUGGUGGAACAGCAACCGGUGCCACCAGGAGACCCCCAAGGAGGACAAAGAAGUGAACUUGGAGCAGGUCCACCGGCGCAUGAACAGCCUCAUGGAUGAAGACAUUGCUCACAAGCAGAUUUCCCCAGCGUCUAUUGAGCUCUCAGCCUUGGAGAUGGGGGGCCUAGCUCCCACCCAGACCUUGGAGCCGACGCGGGAGUACCAGAACACCCAGCUCUCGGUCAGCACCUUUCUGCCAGAGCAGAGCAGCCACGGCACCAGCCGGACACUCUCGUCAGGGCCCAGCAGCAACCUGCCGCUGCCGCUGAGCAGCUCGGCCACCAUGCCCUCCAUGCAGUGCAAACACAGGUCGCCCAAUGGGGGGCUGUUCCGGCAGAGCCCGGUGAAGACCCCCAUCCCCAUCUCCUUCCAGCCCGUGCCUGGAGGCGUCCUUCCAGAGGCUCUGGACACCUCCCACGGGACCUCCAUCUGACCGCGCCGCCUGCCCUCCUGCCCACCCUCCCACCCACCCGACCAGCAGAGCUUUUUAAUACAAGAAAACAACAACACAAACCACACACACUCGCGCACACACACAUACACAGAGACUCUUUCAUUUUUCUUGUACAUAUGUGUAAAUAAUGACAGAAUGGAGUGGGGUAAAAGUGUAUUUUGAAUAUUCCCAAUUUUCGAAGUCAGUAAAAAAACACAAAAACUGUAUGAAUGACUUUGUAAAUUUUGUUCUAUAUGAAUAAAAAGGCAAAUUACUUGUGAUCA